GUCGGAGCCUAUGCUCUGCGGUCACACUUAGUCUGCAAUUUUCAAGACGUUAUUACACGCGCGCUUGUUUUUCGGCUCGUAAAAAACAUAAAUUGUAAAGCUUAAAAACAUCAUAAAUCCGCGAAGUUAAAAACCAAUUUAUGCUUGGUUACUAGUAGCAAAUAAUCAUAUCGUAUACGUAUCGCAUAAUCGCCACAACUCUAGUGCGAGUGCGACAGCAAUAUCAGGCAAAGUGCAACGAUUGCAACGAAGGGGAAAAUCCAAAGAAGUUAUUAAUUUUAGAGUGAAGCGUUUAGCGGUAAAAACUACAUUAGGAAGCUGCAGUUAAGUCAUGGAACCCUGGAACGUUUAAAAACGGAAAGGGAGUUUUCGGCCUCGCGACAACAACAACAAUAGACAGAGGAAGAACAAGACUGCGACGGCCACUCCUUUUGUGUCCGACUUCGAGAUGUGUUCGUGUUCGUGUCCGCGUCCGCCUUUGUGUGUUGAGCAAUUGAAAACUGGUGAUUUCUGAAUAAAUUAAGGUAGCUAAAUUAAUAAUUAGCGAAGCGAGUGGGGCCAAUAAAAAGUGAAAAUCUUCUGCGUUUUCGUUAAGCAAAAGAAACUACAACUACAGUUAGAGAUAAGAAGAGCUCUCUCACCCACACAAACGAGACACACACAAAAGCGCAGGCCGAGCGAACGAGUGUGCGUGCAUGUUUAUGACUCACGGCUGGUUCAGUGAGAGGGAGCGAGAAAGAGAGCGAGAGUGGUGGCUUGAGUAACAGUAACAAUACCAAACGCAAAAAAACAACAACAAGUCGUCGAGCGUUUAGAAUUUUCCAAGUCGAGCGUAACUAAACGCAUUGGAGGAAAUUUCCCCACGCCAACAACACUCAAACCCAGACACAAAGGGAAAGAAGGAAAACCGAUAGCAAGAUGAGCUUCACCAAGUGGUUUAAGAAGAAGGAGGCGAUCUCCGAAAUCGGUGCCCCCACGAAUUUCCAGCGGCAUUUUCAUGUGUCGCGUAACCAGGAGACCGGCGACCUGGAAGGCCUUCCGGUAACUUGGGUGCGUCUCAUGAACCAACAGAUUACUCGCGAUGAACAGGACAAAAAUCCCGAUGCCGCUUACCAUGCUGUUAAAUACUACAACUACUCGAUCAAGAAGAAGGAGAACGAGGUGUUCAAGCCCUUCAUCACCGAGGAUGUGAUCCACGAGGAGUCCAAGGAGAUCGAAAACUAUGUCAACUACAAGAACAAGCACAAGUCGCAGGAUCCGGAGAAAUCGGAGGACGAAAGCAGCAGUGGAUGCGGAUCCUCGACAGGCAACAGCAACAGCAGCAGCAUCAAUGACAGCAGCCAGCAGUCAACGGUGCCACUGGACGCGUUGGAAGAAGUCUUUAAGGAGCUAAAGUCCAAUCUGGAGCACCGCGAAACGCUGAAGGCGGCGCCACAAGAACCACCACCAGUGCCGCCCAAGAAAUCACCGCAUGCCAUGCCGCCUAAGCCACAGAUCAAGCCCAAACCCCGGGUAACCCAGAAGUUCUCACGCACAUCGGACCUCCGGCGGGACGAGGACUCCGACAACAACCAGCACACGAUUAACACCGACACUAUCAUCAUCAAGCCAGCCGGCGGUGCCCAAGAUGCCGGAGCGGAUGACAAUCCAGAUGAGACGAUACUGCGCCGCUCGAAGGAGAAGCGAACCCAGAAGACCGAUGCCGAGAUUUACGAUGAGCUGCGAGCCAUCUGCAAUCCAGAGGAUCCCCGGGAACGUUACAAGACCACCCAGGAGGUGGGCAAGGGGGCCUCCGGUAUAGUCUUCAUAGCCGGUGAUUUGCAGAACGAGUCACAGGUGGCCGUCAAGACCAUCGACAUGAAGAACCAGUCCUCAAAGGAUCUCAUACUCACCGAAAUCCGGGUGCUCAAGGACUUUAACCACAAGAACCUGGUAAACUUCCUCGACGCCUACUUGCUGGAGCCCGAGGAUCAGCUGUGGGUGGUCAUGGAGUACAUGGACGGCGGCCCGCUGACCGACGUCGUUACCGAGACUGUGAUGAAGGAGCGCCAAAUCGCGUGCGUUUGCCGCGAAACACUCUACGCGAUCAGCUUUCUGCACGCCAAGGGCAUCAUUCACCGGGACAUUAAGUCGGACAACGUGUUGCUGGGCAUGGAUGGCUCCGUCAAGGUGACUGACUUUGGUUUCUGCGCCAACAUCGAGGGCGAUGAGAAGCGCCAGACGAUGGUGGGAACCCCGUACUGGAUGGCGCCGGAGGUGGUCACGCGCAAGAAGUACGGCAAGAAGGUGGACAUUUGGUCCAUUGGAAUCAUGGCCAUCGAGAUGAUCGAGGGUCAGCCGCCCUAUCUGUACGAGACUCCGCUCCGCGCCCUCUACCUGAUCGCUGCCAACGGUCGGCCGGACAUCAAGAGCUGGGACAAGCUCAGUCCGAACCUGCAGGACUUCCUCGAUCGCUGCCUUCAGGUGGAGGUCGACCGAAGGGCCACCGCCGACGAGCUACUCAGCCAUCCGUUCCUCAACGACUGCAGCGAGGUCAAGGCACUGGUGCCCAACAUCAAGGCCGCCAAGAAGGUGCUCCGCCGCAACGUAUAGUUGCUGUGCAAUCACCGGGCGGCCAGGCUGCUCUACGCGUGAUCGGAAGCGGGUUCGGGAUCUGCCCCGAUUGUGUAUAAUGAGUUUUCAAUGUAAAUUUGUUUUGUGUGGACGAAACCGGAACUGGAACUGGAACAGAAUGCUGAUCGUAGUCUUUGUAGUGUGUACAACCGUAGAAAUAGCGAGAGCGCAGGACUAGGACCCGGCAACUCCCCUUCGAAAACAGCACGAGACAGCGAGGGCAGAGAGAUGUGCAGACGCCGGUAUAUUUGGAGGAAAUCGUCGCAAAACCAUGGCUCCAUAUCGCAUCGCUCGGGCAGUUCAUCGAUGGCAGAGGGGCGGGGUUUACCGCUUAGAUUGGAUUGUCCUAUGGCAAAUUAGCUUACUCCGUACAUGGCGCGUAUACAUGUAUAUGACCACGCACACAAACACGCACAUAUGAUAUAGAUACUGUAUUAUUAACUGUAGGGACCUAAGUUUGAUUACUCUUUAUAUACCCGUAUAUAUACAUAAUUGUGAUUUAAGCGAUUUUAUCAAAUCUGCAUUAUGCGAUUCUUUAUAAAAUUCGUCGUAGUCAGUAAGUGCAAACGAGCCCUAAACAGAGAACAUGCAAUACUUGUUGUAAAUUACCAAAAAAAGAAAAAAAAAUCGAAACAAAGGCGAUAAUUAUAGCAAGUCGAAAUGAGUGUAACAAGUGCCAUUAGGACUAGAGCUAGCAGCAGCAAGCGACACACCAGCAAAAACAAAAUUAUCUCCACAAUUUAUGCAUUUCCCAUAGAAUACAGAUAUCGAUGCAAAAGAUAAAUACUUAGACAGAUAGCCAGAGCAUGUAUAUUAGCUGAUAUUCGCAGUGUUGACGGGAUUGAGGGAAAAAUGAUUGAUAUUCCAUUUUAAUUAGUACAAACUUAAGACUAACCAAACGCCACAAAAGAACAGAUUUAAUUAGACUUUCUCGUUCCUUCCCCGAGAUAUACGCCAUACGCACAAAGAAAAUUGUAAUUCUAAACAGAACCCCAUCAUAAAUAGAGUUGUUAUAUAACGCGGUAAUGUCUGUGUCAAAUUUCAAGAGAUAAACUAAAAACAAAGAAUAUCCCAUAAGGGAGUAUAUGCAUAUAGAAGUGGUAUAAGUAUACUAAAACUAGUCCCAACGGGAAUCACGAAAGAAAUAUCUAGAAGUGGCGCUAUAAAAUAUCUUUGCCAAAAUAGGUUUUUCCUUAUUCCGUUCACUUAUUUAGUUACAUUUUGAUGCUAUUUCCCACCACAAGAUUUACCGAGAGUUAUGUCAAAAGCUAGUCGCCCUUUUCUUUUUAGAAAUUGUUCUGAAACACAACACAGGAGGAUCAGAAAGGGUACUUUGGCCAGCCGGUGUUAGCUUUCUUUAACUGUUAUAUAUACACUUACCGAUAGGGAUUAUCUUUUACUUGCAAUUCUGAUAUUAGUAGGCAAUGAAUUGCUGCUGCUGCAGAUCGGUUCAUAGUUAAAUUUUAUAUACGAAAUGAUACCCAAAUUAUUGGCCUAUAAUUAUGCAUUCAUAAUUUUUAAAGAGCUUAACUUUUAAUCGAAAAUUUACUUGAUUUUCUUAAUUUAGCUUAAAUGAGUAUUAGGCAAGGCAACGAACGAAGAGUAUUUUAGGGUUUUGAUGGCCUUUUUGGAAACCGAGACAUACCCGACAUUACAUAUUCGCAAACGCAUUUAAGACGAACGCAAAUAUUGCAAUUAAUAACGUAAAUGUAUAUGAAACUUAAGUCUUCAAACCAAACAAAGAACAACAAAAUGUAGCAUAAUUUUUUAUACGCAACUUUUAUUGCAAUUGUAAAGGGACGAAUAGGAGAAAGAAGAAGCUGACAUCAAUUUUGAUCGAUUCGUAAUUAUAUUAAUAUACACAAACACAAUUGGCUCUAUUUCAAUUAAACUUAAACGUAGUUAAAAUACAAAAUGCAUAUUAAUGUGCAAGGUCACGACCCGACUUGCCAAAAUAAACGUAAACAGUAUGAUAAAUAAUACGAAGAUAUAUAUAUAUUUAAAAGAGCGGAUAAAGCAACGGUACAUUAUCGCAUCAACUAUCGCUUUAAUUCAAAGAGAAAAUCCCGCAAUCAGUUUUAUGUUUUAUGUGCGCACGUUUAGUUUUGCUUGGAACCUAAGUCGUAUUCAUAUAUUCUACUAUUAUUUAGAUUUAUUUUGCAAUUUACGAUUUAAGUCAACCUUAUACACAGACCCAAAACCAUUUAGUUAUCGUAGUCCCAUCCACUUCGCCCAUCGAAGUUGGCCCCUCACAAUUGUAUGUAUUUAGUUUACCUUGCACUGUAAUUUUUAUUUUGUGUUGUUAAAUAUAUCGUUAUUUACUUAUUCGACCAAA